AUGGUGAAUUUGAUGGCUUGGAUAAAAUGUGGUGCCAAACACCUCUGGAUCAGGUCAGACUUGUUAUUGGUAGCUGGGAUCAGCUUAUUCCAUGUCCAUGGCCAUCAAGAAAUAUGCUUUCCAAGAUUUGCCCCAACAUUCAUCCCCAGUCGUGUUUAA